AUGUUUCACACUGAACCUUUCUCAUGGAGGAAUUCUGUCUUUUCUGUUUUCAGCCAUAAAUUUAUUUCUACAACUGAAUAUGAUUACAAUGAUGUUUCUGAUCCAUGUGAUUACGGCCCCCAUUCAAACCGCAUUCUCCCGGUGCUCUACUCCGUGUUCUUCGUGGUGGGUUUGCUGGGAAACCUGCUGGUGCUGUGGGUGAUCCUGAAAGGUUCUUAUAUUAAAUCUUUGACUGACGUGUCUCUCCUGAACCUGAUAAUUUCUGACCUUCUGCUAAUCUCCACUCUCCCCUUUUUGGCUCAUUAUGCCAGAGAUCACUGGGUUUUUGGUAGCACCAUGUGCACCCUUGUCCUCGGCGUGUACCACAUUGGGUUUUAUGCCGGCAUUUUCUUUAUUGUGCUGAUGAGCUUCGACAGAUACUUGGCGAUCGUCCAUGCCGUGUUCUCUUUGAGAAUCCGUACAAAGACUUAUGGGAUUUUAGCGAGCAUCUUCAUCUGGAUUCUCGCUAGGCUUCAGAGCCUUCGUAGUUCUACAAAACUGGCUAUUCGUCUUGUUGUUGUGGUCAUGGUGGUGUUCUUCUGCUGCUGGAUACCGUACAACAUUGCAGCGUUCCUCAAGGCACUGGAAUUGAAGCACAUCCUGACUCCAGGGUGUGAACUCAGCAAAACCAUCCAGCUGCUGCUGCAGAUCACUGAAGCCGUGGCGUAUUCACACAGCUGCCUCAAUCCGUUCCUCUACGUACUUGUGGGUCCAAAGUUCAGGAAGCAUCUCGCCAGACUUCUUCUCCAGACACCAUGCAGCCAUGUGCAGUGUAUGAAACACUGCAUGACCCGACUUGCAGCUUCAGUGUAUUCACAGACCACGAGUGUGGAUGAAAAACAUAUGGAUGGAAACCAGCAUAUAGAAACACCUACAUAA